AUGACUGCCAAUUUUAAAGCACGAUUACAACAUAUAAUUGCUUGUCAAGAUGUACUUACGAAAAAUAAUCUUUUAGCACAACGUUCUUGUGAUCAAGAAUUUAGUACUUUGUUAACAUUUCACAAUGAUCUUCGUCGUAAAUAUGCUGAUUUACGUGCAUAUACCGAUCAACUUGAUCGAUCUAUUGAACAAUAUAGAAUAGAAUCAGCACGUAAAGAUAAAAAAAUUCAAUCACAAAGUUUACAAAUUCUUCGUUUAACUCAACAUAAUAAACGAAAUAAUGAACGUUUUAGUGAAUUACAACGAUGUUUAGAUCGAAUAAAAAGUACAAUACCUGAACAAAAUACUUACAAUCAAUUAUGUGAUAUACUUCGAAAUUCUCAUAUGUCUGAUAAUGAAAUAACAGCAGAUUUAUCUGAUAAAAAUUGUACUGGAGAUGAAAUUGAUGAUGAUUAUUCACAUAUACCUAAAGUUGUUAGUCAAUCAACAGGUAUUAAUCAAAUAAAACGACCAAUUAAUAAUCAUAAUGAUGUUGAUUUAAAACAUAAUAAAUCUCCUCCGACUGCGCUCAAUAAUGAAUUAAAAACUAAUCAAUUAUGUGCAUCGCCCUAUUCAAAUGUUACCGUUGGGCGUAUUCAAACUGGUCAAUUAACAACAUCACCAAUACCUGUACCAUGUCGGCAUUCAUUGUCAGUUCAUAAAAGACCAAAACAAAAAAUACGAAAACCAUCCAAAGAAUUUCUAAAUACAAAAUCAGGUUUAGACUUUUUUGUUUUUAAAGAAAAAUAUCAAAACAUAUUUAUUAUAGAAGAAUCAGAGCUAAGUACAGAUGAUAUGUUUUGGUCUAAACAUAAUAAUGAUCAUCAUCAACAAGCAUUACUACCUUCUACAAAACCGAUAUUAUCAAAAAUAACAAGUCCAUCAGCAGAACAGAAAACUUUAACACCAUCAACACCAGUAUCAAAUUUUAUUAUCAAACCAAGUCCAUCUAGUCUUGUUAGAUUACAUACAAAAGCACAUAAUUUUAUUUCAAGAAAUAUUCUUAUACCAGAAACAUGUUGUGUGUGUCUUAAACGUAUACAUUUUGGUAAAUUAGCUUAUCGUUGUCAAGCAUGUAAUGCUCUAUGUCAUACGGGUUGUAAAGAAAAUUGUAUGACACUUUGUUUGCCAAAUAUUAAAACACCCAAUCGUGGUGCUGUAUCGAAAUUUAGUCCACGAGAAACGAAUCAAUUACAAAUACCUUCUUUACUUGUACAUUGUAUUGAUGAAAUUGAACAACGUGACUUUUUUACUAUUGAUUAUGAUUCUAAAAAUCCAUCAUGGACUCAAUCAACUGUUCAAACAUUUGAACAACUUGACUGUAAACCAGAACUUAUAGAAAUUCUUAAAAAAGAAAAUAUUUAUAAUCCGAUUUCAACUCAAUCACGUGUUAUUCCACAGUUACGAACAGGUCGUCAUAUGAUUGUAGCAGCUGAAAUUGUAGGUGGUGGACAAAUAUUUGCAUAUCUUGUACCUCUUAUUAAGUCACUUGUUCGUUGGAAAUCAUCAAAUCUUUUAAUGAAAAUGGAAAAUGCACCAUUUUCAAUUAUUCUUGUACCAACUAGAGAAUUAGUCGUGCAGAUUGAAACUGAUCAAAUUGAUAAAAUGUUGACUCCAUCUGUACAUCGUAUUAUGCCACAUGUUCCUCAAAAAUUCUAUCGCGUUGGUAGUCAACAAAAAUUCGGUCUUCUAUUAAAAUUAGUCAAAUAUGAUUUAGAAAAGAAACAUUUUUGUUUUAUUUUUUCUAAUAAAACAAGUAGAGUUCAAUUUCUUCAACAAUUCUUUCGUGAUCAACGUAUAGAAAUUUUUGUUAUGCAUAUUCAAAUGACCUGA